GGAGAAGGGAAACCGCAGCAGGGAAAACCGAGAGCGCAUGCGUCAGGCCCAAAGCCGACGCAGAAGGGGCUAGUGAAGGUGAAGAAACUGAGAUUGAGAGAGAAAGUGACUUGCAGAGGUAUGUCUGAUUCUAUGUUGUCACAGAGUCUGGGGAUGGGAGAAACUUGGGGAGGAAAAGGUCCUGUUUUCUGUAUAGGCCUCUGUGACUUGCUGAGUCAGAGUCACUUGCUGCUGUCCCACCUGUCCCUGCCAAUCUCCGGGAAGGAGAAAUGACACUGGAGAGGCAGAGAGGAGUGACUGCAGAGACAGAGGAGUGGGUGGGCUGGCCCAUGGCUGAGGCCUCACUCCCAGAGCAGAGGGGAGAUGCCGAAGCCACGCCUUGCCCCAGCGUCCUGGAACUGGAGGAGCUCCUGAGGGCGGGGAAAGUUUCUUGCAGCCACGUGGACGAAGUUUGGCCGAACCUUUACAUAGGAGAUGCGACCACAGCAAAUAACCGCUUUGAGCUAUGGAAGCUGGGCAUCACCCACGUGCUGAACGCUGCCCAUGGGGGCCUCUUCUGCCAGGGCGGUCCUGACUUCUACGGCAGCAGUGUGACCUACCUGGGGGUGCCAGCCCCUGACCUCCCUGAUUUCGACAUCAGUGCCUACUUCUGCUCUGCAGCUGACUUCAUCCACCGUGCCCUCAGCACACCUGGGGGUAGGAGUUGGGGUGUGAACCCUCAUCCCAUCCUGCUCAGUCACUGGGGGGAUGUCCAGUUUCCCCUCAAACAUCAGUCCCCUCCUAUCCCUAGUUUUUAAAAAGCCAUCAAGUUUUUUAAAAUCCUCUGCUCAGUGC